AUGAAUCGUUUUUUAUUUCCUCGUUUAAAUCCAUCAAUAAUACGUUUAUGUUUUAAUUCAACAUCAACAAAUUUUGGUUUAACAAAUCGUGAUAAAAAACGUUUUUAUAAACAAGUAUCAGUUGUUGAAUCAUCACAUAUACCAAUAAAAUAUGAAAUAUUACUUGAUCAACGUAAAUUAAAAACACCAUUAGGAAAUAUAAUAAAAAUUGAAAAUGAAUUUCUUGCAUUCGCACUUGCACAAGAAUGGAGUCAACAAUUUAAAAAAAUUGAUUUCUCAUCAAUGCAUUUAAAUUCAUUAAUGAAUACAUUAAUUGAUAAUCCAUUAAAAUUAACUAAAAUUCAACUUAUUGAAAAAUUAAUGCAUUUUCUUGAUUGGGAUACAGUACUUUAUCGUUCUGAUCAACCAGAAGAAUUUCGACAAUUACAAAUAAAAUCUUGG